AUGGCGUCGACAAUAUCGCCAUCAGAACUGUCCAAACACAAUACGCUCACCUCCCUCUGGAUCGCCUUGGAUGGCCUUGUUUACGACUUCACCGAGUUUGCCCCGACUCACCCCGGCGGGGUGUCCAUCCUCCUCCAGCAUGCCGGCCGAGAUGGUACGGCAGCCUACAAUGCUGUGCAUUCUGCUUCUCUUGUCAAGGCCAUUCUCCCGACUUCCAAGCAUCUCGGUCGUCUGUCCUCGCCGCCAGCGCCAGCUCCUUCCCCCUUGAAACCCCAAUCAUUGGCACCUGCUAAGCCCCCGCUGUCCUCGUUGAUAUCCUCGCACGACUUUGUUCACGCGGCGCACUCUUUUCUCUCCCCCAAGGCGCUCGCCUUCAUCUCGUCGGCCGCCACUGACUGCCACACGCACCGCCGGAACAGCAGCGCCUACGCCGACAUCACUCUCCGGCCGCGGGUUCUCAUCGACGUGUCCGCCUCGAUUUCGUUAGCAACGCACAUGCUCGGCCAACCCGUCGCCUCCCCGAUCUACGUGGCGCCCACAUCUCUCGGCAAAACGGUCCACCCGGAAGGCGAGCGGGAGAUUGCGCGAGCAUGCAGAAAGCUGGGCGGCAUGGCCCAAGUAGUUAGCACCAGCGCCAGCUUUCCCAUCAGCGACGUGAUUGCCGCCUGGAAGGAGGAUGAUGACGAGAACAACAACACCCAUGACCCGCCCGUGUUCCUCCAGCUCUACGUCGACAAGCAAGCCGCCAACACAGCCGCCCUGCUCACCUCGCCCCCGAUCCGCGAGCACGUAAAGGGCGUCUUCCUAACGGUCGAUGCGCCUGUCCCCGGCAAGCGCGAGGCCGAUGAGCGCGUCUCUCUCUCUCCGACCACCACCACCGCCAUCACCACCCCGGAAACGAAAACCCCAACGGCAACAACAACAACAACACCCCAAGAAGUAACCACAACCCCCAUGGCCGGGCGAACCACGCCGGCCGCCGAUGCCCGCGGCGCCGCUCUGGGUAGACUGAUGGCAAGCUACAUCUCGCCCUCCCUGACGUGGUCGGACACGCUGCCCUGGCUGCGCAGCUUGCUCGAGCCACCACCCCCAUCAUCAUCAUCACCACCCGGAAGAACCCAAGGACGAAACAAUAAAAACAAACCGAGACGAACGCCGCUGGUGAUCAAGGGCAUCCAGACAGCGCAGGACGCGGUGCUGGCCGUGCGCGCGGGCGCCGACGCCAUCGUCGUGUCCAACCACGGCGGACGCAGCCUCGACACGUCGCCCGCGACCGUUUUGACUCUGCUCGAGCUGCAGCGCUGCUGUCCCGGGGUCUUUGACCGUCUUGAGGUCUAUGUCGAUGGCGGGGUUACGAGGGGUACUGAUGUCUUUAAGGCGCUUUGUUUGGGUGCAAGGGCUGUGGGUGUUGGAAGGGGCGUCAUGUACGCGCUUGGAUGGGGGGAGGAGGGGGUUAGACGGUAUAUGGAGAUUUUGAAUGACGAGCUGGUGACCACCAUGAAAAUGUGCGGAGUCACGAGGUUGGAUGAAUUGCAUCCGGGCUUGCUGAACACGCGGGCAGUCGAUCAUCUCAUUCCUGAGCAGCUUGGGGAGGAGCAUCCGUAUGCCAAGUGGAGAAGGAGCAAGCUCUGA